AAUAAUCUAUCAGAUAUGGGACCAUCAAUGUCAAUUUUUGACUCAGAAAAGUUAUUAAUUAAUAGGGCAGUGUCUGAAUUAAGAAAGAAGUUGCCAGAGAUAAGGAAAGCUGAUGCUGAAGUAGCUGCACUGAAGAAAAACCUAGCAAAUUUACCUCAGAAAGAAGCAGCAGCAGGAAAAUCAGUAGGAGAGGUGGUGGUGUCUAACAAGCCUAGUACUGCCGCAAUUUCUGGCACAGUUGGACUUCAAUCAGUGGUGAGGAGGAGGGCAUCAAUGCGCAUGAAGGUUCCUAUCUCUGAUUUUCACAAUUUUGACAAUGAUAGGUCUGAGCAAUGCUUUAAGGCGAAGCAGAUAUGGGCGAUCUACGAUGAAGAAGAUGCUAUGCCACGUCUGUACUGUCUGAUUGAUCAAGUGAUUUCAGUCUCACCGUUUAAAGUUGCAAUCAGUUACAUGAACUCCAAAAUUGAUGCGGAGUUCGGGUCAGUGAAUUGGAUAGAAUCUGGCUUUACGAAAUCUUGUGGAAAUUUUAGGACAUCAAACAUUGAUGUGGUUGAAGAAGUGAACAUCUUUUCUCAUGUACUGAGCAGAGAAAAAACAACACGGGGAGGAUGCCUUAGAAUUUAUCCUAGGAGCGGAGAUAUAUGGGCCAUAUACAAGAACUGGUCAUCGGAAUGGAACAGGGAGACCCCCUCUGAAGUUAGGCAUCAAUAUGAGAUGGUGGAAAUUAUGAUGGAUUAUGAUGAAGAAGAUGGGGUUUGCAUGAGUCCACUGGUGAAAGUAGAUGGUUACAGGACUGUGUAUGGGAGGAACCCAGAUAAGGGUUCCAUUUGUUGGGUUUUGAAGAAGGAAAUGUUGAGAUUCUCACAUCGUGUUCCUUGUUGGCGAAUUAGAGGUGGAGAAAGGACUGAUGAUCUGCCAGAAUGUUGUUGGGAUCUGGACCCAGCUGCAAUCCAUGAUGGCCUUAUCCUUCAACAGCAAGAAGAAGAAGAAGUUGAAGCUGAAGCUGAAAAACUUAAAGUGAUAUCUUAACUUAUACCCCAACCCCCAAUAGAUAAGAUUAUAAACUGUUUGUUGUUUCUUAUGAUUGUUUCUGACUGUUGUCUGAAAACUGUUGUUUCUUUGUUGUUGCUGCUGUUUUUAAUUUUGACAUGUGAGAAUUAUUCUAAUGUCAAUUAAAUUUGAACAGUGGGUUAAUU